AUGGCAGUCGAUCUUGCGACCCUGUCCACACAACAGCUUUCGCAAGUAAAGAAACAGCUGGACGAUGAAGUCCAACACUUGACGAACUCGUACCAAAACCUACGGACAGCUCAACAAAAGUUCCGCGACUGUAUCGCGAGUAUCAAGACUGGCGUCGCGAAUAGUGUCAAAGGUGCGGCUUCACCAACAAGGACGCCAAGACGCACGGUUUCAUGUACUAACCUUCAGCCAGACAAACCACUCCUCGUCCCAUUGACUUCAUCGCUGUACGUACCCGGCAAGCUCGCAGAUCCCGAGAAUGUGUUAGUCGACGUGGGCACCGGUUUCUACGUGGAGAAGAGCACAAAGGACGCACAAAAGUUUUACGAGGGGAAGAUCGAGGAGCUAGGAAAAAACAUCAAGGACCUGGAGAGCAUUGUGAAUGGCAAGGCGAACAAUUUGCGGGUAGUCGAGGAAGUGCUGAGGCAGAAAGUGCUCCUGGGACAACAACAAGGCGGGCAAUCCGAGGCGUCGGCAUCAUGA